AAGAAUGACAAGGAAAAGGGACAACGAGAAUGUGAAAAAUAGCGACAGCCUCCGCGCAAACAGCAUCUCUGUAACAGGACUUCAGUAACAAUCUGACAGAUCAGCUGGCCACAGGCAGCCUAGUUUCUUCCAUCCAUGGUGCAGGAUACGGAACCUGUCCUCUUUAGCAGCCUUGCUUUGUGCUUGCUAAGAAUGGAUACAGAGAGCCCGAGAGACACAAGUGCCAGCCUUUUUUUGUUUUGUGCCACACAUACUGGGUUAUUUUCUUCUUUGCUCCCUUUUUUUGAGAAGCAGAGGUGAAUGAAUAUCAGGAAGAGACCCUUCUGGAUUUUUGAAACGGGCAGGAGGGACAGCAAGAUUCAGUCUCACUGAUGGAACAGAUUGGUAAACGAAGUCAUGAGGCUCUGAAGUGGAGGGCAGCCCACCCAGUUUUAAGAUCAAUAUUCCCAGUUGAUUCUUUUCUGCAGUAUUUUGUAAUUAUCUGUCAGUUUACCAGCAGUUCAAACCAUGAACCAGUCACAGGCGAUUGACUGGAGGGUCUUGAAUACCAGUGGAUUGUUAUGGAAUAUAUCUGAGCAUCAUCCGUGCCCGUUGGGCGUUGGACACUACAAUUCGGUGGACAUAUGCAUACUGGAAACCACUAUUAUUGUGCUGCUAACCUUCUUGAUAAUAACAGGUAACCUGACGGUCAUCUUUGUUUUUCACUGUGCUCCUCUCUUGCACCAUUACACUACCAGUUACUUCAUUCAGACCAUGGCGUAUGCAGACUUGUUGGUGGGAGUGAGUUGCCUAGUGCCCACCCUGUCCCUUCUCCAUUACUCAACAGGCAUCCAUGAAUCCCUAACUUGUCAAGUUUUUGGCUACAUUAUUUCUGUGCUAAAGAGUGUUUCCAUGGCUUGCUUGGCUUUUAUCAGUGUGGAUCGAUAUUUGGCAAUCACCAAACCUCUAUCGUACAACCAGCUGGUGACUCCAUGCAGAUUACGGCUCUGCAUUAUUCUUAUUUGGAUCUAUUCAGGUUUGGUUUUCCUGCCCUCUUUCUUCGGCUGGGGUAAGCCUGGCUAUCAUGGUGAUAUUUUCCAGUGGUGUGCCAUUGCCUGGCAUACUAGUGCCUACUUUACUGGCUUCAUCGUGUGCCUGCUCUAUGCUCCAGCGGCACUGAUCAUUUGUUUCACGUACUUUCACAUAUUCCGCAUUUGUCGGCAGCACACCAAAGAAAUUAGUGAUCGCCGAGCACGCUUCCCCAGCCAUGAAACGGAAUCAACUGGCGAGGCAGGACCAGGCCACAGCCCUGACAAGCGGUAUGCCAUGGUUCUAUUCCGGAUAACCAGCGUUUUCUACAUGCUGUGGCUCCCAUACAUCAUCUACUUUUUGCUUGAAAGCUGGAGAGCCCUGGAGAACCCAGCACUGUCCUUCCUUACCACCUGGUUGGCCAUAAGCAAUAGUUUCUGUAACUGUGUCAUCUACAGCUUAUCCAACAGUGUUUUUCGUCUAGGUCUCAGGAGGCUGUCAGAAACUAUAUGUUCACCAUGUAUGUGUUCUAAAGAUAAGAACGAGCGUGACCCCAAACCCAGAAAACGAGCAAACUCAUGCUCUAUUUAAAUGAAGAUAUGAGUAACAAGUUAAGAUUGUACCAUACAGGCCCCAGGAUGCUGCUAUCUUUGAAACCUCUACAAAAAAAAGACUAAUUAUUAUUGCACCUCAUUUUGACUAUAGUGAUGGGAUUUAGAUUUGUAAUGAAUUGGAAAUCUAUAAACUUUGAUCAAAAAGAACAAGCUAUGGGCAAAUUCAAAUGUCUUUCCCUGUUGCAAAUGACUCCUGCUAUUGCAUGGGGCAAAAUAUUACAGAAAGGUGUUAGCUUAACAAUAUCCAAUUAUUGUGGAUUUUCUAUUGAAAUAUCAUGUAUCACACAAAAGGUCACUUUUCUUCUCCCCAUCCCCCACAACCAAUCAUUCCCUCCUUCAAUGACAAAGAAUAUAAAGUGUUGUCCUUUGCAAAGCUUGUGUUAUGAAAUAGGAUACUGUUAUGUACUAACAACCUUGGGGGAAAAACAAACACGUGAUAUAAUGUGCAGGUGACCAAAAUUCCUGUUUAUAGGAAAUGCUGUAUCAGUCUCUUGAAAAGUGUAAUUUUAUAUAGAUGUGUAUAAUUAGAUACCAGUGUACAGGGAGGCAAAAAAAAUAAAUUAUCCACCUGCAUCAAAAGCUGUGAGUGUUUAAGGAGUUUCUAGAAGCCUGUAGGGUUUCUGGUUGUUAAAAAAAUAAGAUCUGUUAAGCAGUUUUUGUUUGCC